AUGAAUGUGAAAACUGGUUCAAAAAUUACAAUAAGUUGGAUUCUUAGUGGUACUCAACCUAAGUCCACAUUUGCGUUGGGGAUUAAAAAUGUACAAACAUUGACUCUUAACACCAUAAAUGCUGAUUUGAAUCUUAAUUCGAAAUCUGAAGAUUGGGCCGUUGAUGUUGAAACAGGAAGCUAUUAUUUGUACAUUGAAGAUCAGCAACUUCGUAAUUUGACGAAUUCGUCUAUAUUUCCUGUCGUCAAGUCUGAUUCAAGUGACCAAACUCAAGCAUCAACGAUUGACAUUGGAGGUUUUAAAAUUAGUAUUGUAACAUUCACAAUAGCUGUAGUUAUUGUUCUUCUAAUUUGCGUUAUUAGCAUUGCUUGUAUAGCAUGUAAUGUAUGUAGACCUAAUUGUGUUUGUUCCAAUAUUCGAUGUUGUUGUUAG